CCACCAACACUAAUGAACCAAAAACGAUUGAUGGGUGUUUCUCAACGAUUAUUGUUCGUUCGAAAAUCACAAGUUCACAACCCGCACCAGAUAUUUUUUAAUUUUCAUCUGCAAGUCGUGAUGGAUAGGGUGUGUAGUUCACUAUCAGCUGACUUUCUCUCAAGAGAUCUGCAAGCGGCACAAACACCCGCUUAGGUGCCCACAUGGGAUUGGGACUAACUCGAACACGGAGAGAGACGAAGGUUUUGUACAAGAGAUUGAAGAACAAGGAAGAUGGAAUCGGAGUUGGGUUUGAUAGAGCAAUCAUUCAAUAGCCGUUACUCGCUUUGGGUCCAGGAAGCUCUGAGCGAAUUGCCCGACAGUUUCACAAUCACUGAUCCUUGUCUCUCUGGCCACCCAAUUGUAUUUGCGAGCAAAGGGUUCUUGAAAAUGUUGGGUUAUUCGAAAAGCGAGGUGAUUGGCAGAAAUGGUAGAGUGUUUCAAGGUCCGGGGACUUGCAGAAGGUCGGUUAUGGAAAUAAGAGAGGCCAUCAGGGAAGAGAGAGCUAUUCAGAUUAAUUUGCUGAAUUAUCGCAAAGACGGGACACCCUUUUGGAUGUUGUUUCAUAUGUGCCCUGUUUUUAACAAAGAAGAUGGGAGGGUGACUCAUUUUGUGGGAGUUCAGGUUCCGAUUUCGAGGAAGCCGAGGCGGUCUGGCAGAAAUGGGGUUAAUUUGUGCGAAGAGGGGUCUAGGAUGAAUGAUAUCUUUUAUGGGUCUUGUAGAAAAGAAGUGUGCUCCGAUUCUUUGGUUGAAUUGGGUCGUGUUCAGUCUCUGGAGUCUGCAUUGGAUGAUGCUGAUGACAGAGGUUUGGAGCUUGAAGAGUCGUGCGAGGCAAGUGAUGUAGAGAAGACAAGAGCUGCAACUGCCAUUAAUAACAUAUUGUCCGUGCUAACUCACUAUAGCGAGUUAACGGGCAGAUUGGUCUGUGGAAAGAGAUGCAGCUUAUCCGGGGUGGGCCUUCCCAGUUCAUCCUUAAAUAUAUCUCUUGGUAGAAUCAAACAAAGCUUUGUAUUAACUGAUCCACACUUACCAGACAUGCCUAUAGUUUAUGCAAGUGAUGCCUUCUUCAAAUUGACUGGUUAUGCUAGACAUGAAGUCUUGGGGCGCAAUUGUAGAUUUUUAAGUGGGGUGGAUACAGAUUCCUCAAUGAUAUAUCGGAUAAAGGAAAGCAUUCAAAAUGAAAAAGCAUGCACAGUACGUAUCUUGAAUUACAGGAAGGAUAAGAGUUCAUUUUGGAAUCUCCUACACAUAUCACCUGUUCGUAAUGCUUCUGGCAAGAUUGCAUACUUUGUGGGUGUUCAGAUGGAAGAAGGGUGUAAAAACCAGGUUGGACAUGGGCUAAGCCCUGAGAUGAGGCAGCUUAGUGCCGUUGGUGCAGUCAGAAUUGCAGUAAGGAGCUUAUCAAUGGGUGCUGGCCCUUCCAAAUCUUAAGAGAGUAAAAACCUCUGAAUCUUGCUGCCGGUGCCUGAUAUUUCAAAAAUGUCUGCCACGAUCCUAUCGUAGAAAUAUAUAUAUUCAUUUGUCUCAAAUUUGUAAUCUUCUCUGGCAGUAGAUGAGAAGGCAGAAAGCAGGGAAAGUUUGGUUCAUUGCCGCAUGAGAUCUCUGUUACACAUAAUUGUUUAUAUAUAAUAUGAAGAAAGGUCUAUCAGUGAAAAUUUAUUGA